ACACCCAUCCCCAGUAGGCUGGCAAUUAAAACAGAUUUGCAUGCUCCUAUAUCAGGAUAUACUUGCCCGGCCAUGUUUUUGUUUCUACAUUGUGUGUUUCAUACCCACGUUGCUGCAAUUUCCAUGCGAUUAAACCCAGACAGAAGCACGCUCUGUGUGUGCACUGGGGACUCUCUUCAAGAAAGAACAUGGUCCAAUCUCUAGGCCUGGUGAAUAUUUUUCUUUUCUUCUUUGCUGUAUUCCUCCUCUAUCAUUUCAGCAACGUCUUCCGAUACUACUUCAGGAUUCAUUACUUAAAUGGAUAUAUGCUUCUCUGGUCGAUUGUUCUGGUUCCUGUUAUGGUGCUGCGGGGAAGGAAUGUGGCAAACAUGAGGNNNCUUCGUCUCGUCAUGCUGCCCUUGAAAUAUAUCCUUGGCAUUAAGUUGAAUGUGCGGGGUGCCACAAACCUAAACCUGAAAGGGCCCUAUGUCAUGGUUGCCAAUCAUCAGAGCAACGUGGACUUCCUUGGGAUGUUUCAGAUAUUGCCAGACCGCUGUACCUUAAUUGCCAAGAAGGAGAUCUUAUAUUAUUUCACUAUUGGCAUUGUUACCUGGUUAAGUGGUAUUAUUUUCAUUGACCGCAAAAAUAGAGAUACCACCAUCAAGAUCAUGUCAGAAGCAGCGGACACCAUGGUUCGGGACAAUCUGCGACUUUGGAUAUUCCCUGAAGGAACUCGAUCCAACAGCUCCACGAUCUCGCCCUUCAAAACUGGAGCCUUUCAUCUUGCAGUAAAAGCCCAGGUGCCAAUAAUUCCUGUGGUUAUGUCCUGCUACUUGCCGUUCCUCAACACAAAGCUGAACAAAUUCACAACAGGGGAAGUGACAAUCCAGAUUCUUCCUCCAAUCAAGACAGAGGGACUGAGUCCAGCUGAUGUUCCUGAAUUAACAGAUCGCGUACAUGAGAUCAUGCUUUCCACUUUCCAUGAGCUACCAGGAAAUCCUUCAAAGCAACCCUCCAACACCAAAGAAGAUGCCCACCAAGCCACCAGUAGCCAGGAAUCCUAGAAAUUAAUCCUCCAGCUGCACCGUGUACUUCCCUUUCCAGGCACAGUGACAAAAACUAUAUUUUUAAUAUCUAGUAGUUCAUAUUUUAUUUUGGCAACCAGCCACCCCAUUUGGAGAUUGCACUGCUCUAUAUGCAAAGGAAUUAAUUUUUUCCAUUUCAGGAGCGACUUGAGAAACUGCAAGUCGCUUCUAAUGUGAGAGAAUUAGCCGUCUGCAAGGACGUUGCCCAGGGGACGCCUGGAUGUUUUACCAUCCUGUGGGAGGCUUCUCUCAUGUCCCUACAUGAGAAGCUGGAGCUGACAAACGGGAGCUCACCUUGCUCCCUGGAUUCGAACUACUGACCUUUCAGUUCAACCCAUUGUGCCACUGGGGACUCCUAAUGACAGUAUAAUUUAUUGCUACUGACAAAGGUUGUGAAAACUGAGUGAAUUAGAAACGGAAAAAUAUCUGCAUGGAUCAUCUGCAUGGAUCAUGGAUUACUGACAUUUUUUACGGUCUGGAAAUUUCUGAUUGACUUUUUUGAGAAAAAAAAGAAGGGAAAAUGACUUGAUAGCUGGUUGUUUUGAGUAGGAUUUGGUUAUCUGAAGAAGUGUAUGCCCAAAUUUUAUAGUGAGAGGAAUUAUUAUAUGAUAUGUAUCUAACUACCAAAAAGAAAGCUGGAAGGCACUUUUCUACUUUUCUGUAUUUCCAUCCUUGUCUUACUUGUUCUUUUCCUGCUAUUUUCCCUCUCUUCAGUUUCUUUGUAGUAUUUUUUCUUUAAAUAAUCAUGAAUUUUGUUGUGUUUUUGAAAUUCUUAAUAAAAUUAU